GUAAGGGAAUGCAAGCUAGCCCCUUGUAAUGAUGAACCAUGCUUAGGAGAUAAGUCCAUAUUCUGCCAAAUGGAGGUACUUGCACGAUAUUGCUCAAUACCGGGCUACAACAAGCUCUGCUGUGAAUCCUGCAGCAAACGCAGCACUCAGUCUCCCCCAUUCCUCACAGAGGCAGCAGAAACUGAGGAUGAACUUUCUUUUGAUCCCAGUGCAUCAAGAGCAGGAAUGAUACCCACAUCUUUAUCAUCCGACAAUGAAGAAACUGAAUCUGAAGCUAGAAGUCUUUUGACUAUUCUUUCUUCCAUAGAAAGCAAUGCAGAUCUUGGCCUCGUGUCUCCAACAGAGAAUCGAGCAAAGACAUCAGAUCCAGCAUUAAGGAGAUCACAACUAGCAGCAAGCAAGACUUUUAAACUUGUUGCUGUUCCCCCAUCUGCAGCAACUCACAACAGCAACAUCCAUACACAUAAAUCAUCAGGAGCGGCCAUGCCGCUUGCAGCAGGUGCUAACUCCAGCUCAACAGGUGCUCAUUCUUCAGUAAAAACCCUGAAGAGAAAUGAUAAGCCUCAAGAGAAGAGACGUUCUUUACAGUCGUCCUCUAUAGAAAGAUGA